UCUCAUUCCUUUUCCGCCUGUUCCCGCGCAUCAGCCGGUGUGUUUGUUUUUUUAUGUGCAAUCGUCGUAAAAUUUACUGGAAUUUGGAAGAAAAAGAGGGUGAAAAUGUCGUACAAAAACAUUUCUUACUCAGACAAAUAUUGCGAUGAUAAAUAUGAGUACAGGCACGUCGUUUUGCCGCGUGAAAUUGCAAAGUUGGUGCCUAAGAGUCAUUUGAUGUCUGAGGAGGAAUGGAGAGGCAUUGGUGUCCAGCAGAGUAAGGGAUGGGUGCAUUACAUGUUCCAUCAACCAGAACCGCACAUACUACUCUUCAGAAGACCUCUGAACUUUGAGCAGAACCUGAACAACAACCAAAAAUCUGAGGGAGGAACCAAAAUGAUGGUGUGAUGUGGCUUGUUCUCCUAUAACCUGUGGUGAUUUCAUUGUAAGGCUCUCUCUCUCCCUUUCUUCGCACUCAACACUGUGUAUAUAAAUAUUUAUUUAAGUUCGUACCAGGUAACUGCAUUGAACUCGGUUCUGUUAAUUUUAAUUCUUAUGUUAAGCAAACAAAAGUUAGUGGCCUCUUUUUAAAAAUUCAUUGGAGCUCAAAUGAUUAAAUAAUAUCGCUAUUUUCAUAUGCAGAGAAUAACUGUAUUACCUUAAAUAUAGAAGAUUUAUGAAUAAUAAAUUUGCGUUA